GUGUCUGUGUUUGUGAAUAGAGUGGCCGGAGGUUUAGAAUGACGUUGGGUGCUGCCCACGCUGUGCACAGAGUGAGCCGGGAUGACGGGGGGAGGAAUCGAAAUACAGAGGAAGAGAGGCAAAGGUUGAUUAGGAAAGCCAUGCUACUACCCUCAUCACUACUCCUCCUCCUCGGGCUACUCACUUGGAGUCCCAGCGCAUCAUGGGCCGCUAAAGUGAUCGUCGUCCCACCCAUCAUGUUUGAAUCCCACCUCUACAUCUUCAAGACGCUGGCCACGGCUCUGCACCAAGAGGGCCACGAGACCCACUUUCUGAUUUCAGAGGGUCGCGGCGUGCCCCCCUCCCCUUACUACCACCUGCAGCGCUACCCGGGGAUCUUUAACAGCACCACGGCGGACAAUUUCCUCCAGUCCAAAGUCAGCAACAUCUUCUCAGGCCGCCUGACGUUUCUGGAACUGUUUGACAUCCUUGACCACUACUCCCAGAACUGCGACGCUGUCGUCGGCAGUGUCGAGGUCAUGACCCGCCUCAAGGAGGCCAAGUUUGACCUGCUGCUGGUGGACCCGAACGAGAUGUGCGGUUUUGUGAUCGCUCACAUCCUGGGUGUGAAAUACGCCGUGUUCAGCACGGGCCUCUGGUACCCCGCGGAGGCGGGCGCCCCAGCCCCGCUUUCGUACGUGCCCGAAUUUAACUCGUUGCUCACAGACCACAUGUCUCUGGUCCAGAGGAUCGCAAACACAGCUGUCUACCUGGUGCAGCGCUUUGGAGUCCGUUACAUCGCCUUACCCAAGUAUGACCGGAUUAUGAAGAAACACGGGGUGACGCCUCAAGUGGCCAUGGCAGACUUGGUGCAGGGCAGCCAGCUGUGGAUGCUCUGCACCGACAUGGCUCUGGAGUUCCCCAGGCCCACGCUGCCACAUGUGGUGUACAUAGGAGGCAUCCUCACCAAGCCCCCCAACCCACUGCCACAGGAUUUCGAGGCGUGGGCGAAUGACACGGCGGAGCACGGCUUUGUAGUGGUGUCGUUUGGAGCUGGGGUCAAGUACCUUUCCCGAGACAUCGCUCACAAACUGGCCGGAGCUCUGGCCAGGCUCCCGCAGCGUGUCGUCUGGAGAUUCUCUGGAGUUCCACCCAGUAACCUCGGAAACAACACCAAGCUUGUUGAUUGGAUGCCUCAGAAUGACUUAUUAGGACACGCCAACACGAGGGCCUUCCUGAGCCACGGUGGCCUGAACAGCAUCUACGAGGCCAUGUACCACGGCGUGCCGGUGGUAGGGGUGCCCCUGUUUGGGGACCACUAUGACACCAUGACUCGCGUGGCAGCCAAAGGAAUGGGCAUCAUGCUGCACUGGAAGUACAUGACCGAGGAAGACCUCUACACAGCCCUGACCAGCAUCAUCAAAGACACCAGGUAUCGCCAGAGAGCACUUACUCUCUCCAGCAUUCACAAAGACCAGCCCGGCCACCCCGUGACCAGGGCCGUCUACUGGAUCAGCUACGUUCUACGUCACAACGGCGCCAGCCACCUGCGCUCCGCUGUGUAUGAGGUGUCCCCCUACCAGUACUUCCUGCUGGAUGUGAUUUUUACUGUAGUGGCUGCCUUGGCUCUGAGCGUCUUUGCCCUGCGGCGGUGUGCCCGGUGGCUGAGGGGGAAAGCCGGGGACCAGAGCAGAGGAGGCGCCUUCACCGGGGACGACGGUAACUUGGCCAAUGGACAUUGCCAUAGCGAGAUCAUGGCCAAUGGGAAGCACAAACGCAAUGGCUCUUUGAAAAGCGAGAAGAAGAUGAAUUAAUGUUUCGAAUGGCCAAGAGGCGACGAGUAAGAAGUUGCCCCAAGGACUCAGCUCUUGGUUUUGUUUUGUGGUUUCAUAGAAGCUUCGACGGAAGGCUGUUCUUAGGUUAUGCUACUCAGAGCGAGCACACACCGCGCAUUGGGUGCUCAAAACGUGUGUGUGUGUGUGUGUGUGUGUGUGUGUGUGUUUGUGCGUGUAUGUGUCACUGAGACAAAUUUAAUGAAAGCUCUUAACAUAAGCAGCUACUGCAAUACAGCACCAAUUUGAAAAGUCAUUCAGGAUGAAACACGAGGGAAGACACAUUAGGGAGAAAUUUUGUUUCUUCAUGUGCGUCAUCUCUCUUGCAUUUUCUUGCUGUCUUCCUGCCCUCCUUUGCGUUUGAAGGAUGCUGAAGAGGGGAAAUCCUGAGGGCCAAGCACUCAUCCUCAGAACAAAACCAGACAACAAAAGGAUAACCUAUAAAUAGUUAGGAUCUAAUGCUUUUAACUACAAAGUCUGCAUCAACAAAUGUCCGGCAAACUGUAAAUAGAGGAACCAAUCUAUUUAUUACUGUUCACAUUUUAACGCUGAACUGUUUUAACCUUUCUAUUUUUGAUGUAUCCAUAGUGGGACAGCAUUUAUGGUAGACGAACACUCCCUCCUUUAAGGUAUCAUUUGCAAAAGAUUCUGUGCUUCAUUUUGGUGAAACAAACGAGACAAUGACGGACAGCGGUGAUCAUUACAAUUUUGCACGGCAGCUGCAUUCUCCACAGUAUUCACGGUGGUCUUGUUUUCAAAAUGAUCCGUGUUGAAAAUAUUGAUGAUUUUCCUCUUUUCACAUGGCAGAGCCGUCCUGGGACAGCGUCUGUGCAGCAUUGCCGUCAUUGUUUCUGUACUGACAGUUAAACUCGACUCUGUCGGGCUUAUUGGUGUGAAAAGGUUCAUCGUGAUAUCGUCGACAAAUAUAAAAAUGACAUCUGGGAAUACUGUGGAAAGGCACAACCAGACCCGAAGUGUGCUCCUGCUCAUCCAGUCAGGUGAUCGCGGAUGAGUCAGAGCAUUAUUGAAUUAUGGUUACUUGCUUUUUAAGUCUUAUUUCCUCUGUCUAUUAACGAGUUGGGAUUCAUCCCUUGAUUGCCAUUGUUAGUGCUACACAGGAUAUUUCUAUACAAUUCAUUUGAUGGAUCAUUUUUAACAAACUAUAUGUUGUUAUUUUUAAAUUACACUUCAGGAGAAAAUUAAUUUAGCACCUUUUGCAAGUCUGUUAGAUUUUCCUAUGGAGGAUUAUGGAUAAACUAUGUGAACCUCAUGCAAUUCACCUUCACCUAGGAGGGUAAAUGAUUGAUCCAUGUGUGGCCUUUCGUUAUACAAACAUUUGCUUAUGCAGUAUGCUUCACCGACGGGCCUGAGUGUGUUGAUGAAACAAUGUAAAUAAGGUUUAAAUUAGCCCAUCGAGUACUGUUUCUCGACCACUGUGUCUUUUAAUUCUCAAUGCAGAUUGAGGAAGGGUGUAAGUAAGGUGAAAAAGGUCAACCUCACUACUUCCACAUUAAGUGACACUGAUCCUCGUAGCGCAAUCUUCUUUUCUUUAACCCCCGUUGAGGAGAUCAAAGUACAGGGCGAGCUGGAAGAGUAUCUUUGUUUGUGGGGAUUCGGUAUCUUGCUAAUAGACAUUACAGAAGGCCCGCAGCUCAUAGACGAGGGAUUGAAAAAUCCAGACUUCCUGUUGGACGGCUCAUCAAAUGACCAGGUCACACGUUCUAGCAAUUCAGACCACAAAUAUUGUUUUUAAAAACGUCAAAAUUACAACUACGCUUGGCCUUCUGGAAAAUAAAUGAUUGUCCAAAGCACCAAAGCCAUCGGAAGGGGGACAUUGUAGCAACGCCUUUUCGAGAAUAAAUGCUAUCACUUUACCUGUCAAAAGUUGUCGAGGAUCUAACAUCCAACAAACAUGCGUGUUCACCCGUCCUGUAUGAUAAUUGAGAUAACCUUGAUGAUCUUCCUUUCACUGUGAGCUACACUUGCACCGCCCAACCCAACCCUGCUGAGAACGCACACUCGUAUACUUGAAACAUCAUUCAUUGUCAUCGUCAUCUGUAACAAGUUCAACUGUUGGGUAGGAUAGGUGGGCCUGUAAGUGCUCCACAAGCUAUGAACAGGGUCUGGAGAGGAAAAUAAUGUAUAUUGUGAAGUGUCAUGUUUUUUUUUCAUUAUUAGUUUCAGUAUUAAUGUAUAGUAGUGUCACAGUUAAAGCAGCGCCCGUCUCUUGUGUCUGCACUCAUUCUCCAGUCUGAUGUGUCUCUGUUCUUGUGACGUUUGCGUUUCAUCAGCUUGAAGUUUUUUCUUUGUUCUGUUUUCAAUAGUGCACUUGGUCGUUCCAUUUGUCUAGUUUUUUGUCCUACACGGUGUGAUCUGCUGUCAUUGUAUUCAUUGUAGUUUUUUUCCUCCUCCUCCUCCUCCUUUAAUAUUGGAUGUCUUCACUCACUCACUUUUAUUCUUUUAAAUAUUUAUUUUACUUUCAUCUUAAAAUUAUAUGAAGCCCUCAAUUUUUCUGUCAUGUCUGUCCAUGUUGUAAAUAGAACAAUGUAAACAAAAAACUAAUGCUGAAUAAAAAUGACAUAUUUUGUUUGCAGA